UGGGCAUUUCCUCUUUGAUCCACCUGACCAAUGACAGCACUUCUGUCAGUUGGACUUCCUGGUGCGGUUUGUUGUGUGUUUCUGCAUUGAUCAUGGCUGCUGAGGGAGAUUUUCUGGCGAGAUACCGUGCCGUGUCAAAUAAACUGAAAAAACGUUUUCUACGGAAGCCCAAUGUAGCCGAGGCAAGUGAGCAGUUUGGUCAGUUAGCCAAGGAGCUGAAGCAGCAGGACUGCCUGCAGUAUGCUGCCUUCUGUAACCUGGCCAUGGCUCGGUGUGAGCAGACUCUCUUUAAUGCUCCUGGAGAGGCUCUGGCGUUAACGGAUGCGGCCCGCCUCUUUCUCUCCUCUGAGAAGGAGAACAGGGCGCUGCAGGCCCCGGGCUUUGAUGAGCACCUUCAGGCUGCACUCAACUGCUACAGUUUUGCCAUCAAGGUGCACAUUGAGAUGAACCAGCCAGUAAUGGCAGCCAGCCUGUGUCUAGAACUUGGCAACGCGCUCAAGGAGAUGAACAGACCAGGAGAGGCUAUCGUUCAUUACCAGAGGGCUGCAGAGUUGCAGACACAGACGCCAAUAGAAGCUCUGCUGUCAAUGGGAGAAAUGGCUACGUGUAAAAUUCUCACCCGUGAUUACGACGGUGCUUUGUCAGUGUUCACAGAGAUGCAGCUGAUAUGCCAGGAGAGAGGCCUGCAGCUACCGGGCAUCAGCACCCCCGUUGGUGCGUUUCUGGACAUCGUGGCAAAAUGUGAGAUCUCCAGAGUACUACUGCUGAUGUUGUUAGAGCCUCCUCCUCAGAAGCUGUUACCAGAACAUGCACAGACACUGGAGAGAUACGCAUGGGAGUCUUUUGACCCUCACAGCCAAGUGACCUUCCUGCCUGAGAAUGUUUUCCUGCUCCUGCAGUCCGUCGUGAUGGCGUGUCAGGAGAAAGACACAGAGUCCCUCAAGUCUCUUCAGACUGAGCUAUGGCCGUUUCUGACUGCAGAGCAGAAUCAUCUUCUCCACCUGGUGGUUCAGGAGCGCAUCGUGCCGUCUGGACAAGGCAUUUAGUUCAGUUUUUACUCACUUCCUCUGGGAACGAUACUUUAUAUAAUGGAACAUUCCUGUUUCUGACUGGGUCUGUUGUAAGGCCUGAAGACGUGUUGUUUCGAUGUUUUAACUUGCACUCAGAGAAAUGUUUGCAGUACAAAACUUUGCCCUUAUUUAAGCACACACACACACACACACAUUUGUGAAAACCCUAUAGCAUUUUCUGUGUUGUCCUUUUUUGUUAGGAUGCUAAUUUAAGAUUAACUUUACAUUAAUUUCUGUUAGAACUGCAAUGAUUAGGCGACCAAGGUGUUAGUCAAUCAACAGAAAAAGAAUCGCUAACUAUUUUUUACUAUAGAUUAACCAUGAAGUAAUUUUUCAUGCAAAUGGCGAUUUGCUGCUUUUCUGUUUUAUGUCAUAUUAACCUGAAAACCUUUGGGUUUUGGACUGAUAAAAGACCAGGUGACUAAUUGAGGAAAACAAUUGGAAGAUGAAUCCAUUAUUAAAACAUUUACAUAUUAAAAUACUAAUUAGUUUUAGCCAUUAUUUAAUAGAAUCAUGUGUGUUCUUGAGUUAAAGCUAUAGGACCAAUUAAUACACAUUUAUUAUGCAACAGUGACUUUUGUUGCAUUCACAGCAGUUUGAUGGAUGAAGCAUGACAGCUUUGUGUAAUAAUUGGUUUUAUUAAUAAAUGAUAUGGCUUAAAUUCCAAUGUAAUUACAAACAAAAACCUUCUAUUGCAUAGCUUUGAAUUAUGGUGAAAUGAAACACCAUUGUCCUCCAUCCCUGGUUCACUAUAUGUUCACUUGUACAAAUCGCAUGUACUUUUCUUUUGAUAGCAGCCAACUACAGACACAAAAUCAAA